GCCAAAUCUAUCCGUUAACCCUAAACUCGCUCACUCCCUUCCACACCUACCCUUCUCUCCUCUCUCUCUGUAACGGUUCGAUUUCCAUUGAAGGAGAGAAGAGGAAAGAAGGCUAUCACACAACUUUUCGUAUAAUUAUUGUUUUUAUUUUUUUAUUUUUUUCACCAACGAGGAUUAUUUUGAAGAUUCUUUGAAUCUCCGGGAAAUGGGGAAACUUAUCUGUGAUUCGACGGCGUCGUCGCCGGUGAUUCCAUGGAGGGACCCCACCUCCACCCCUUCCAACCUCGACUCCAUCGAUCUCGUUGACCAGAUGUCGGCGGCGGCCGCCAGCGCCGUCUCCGCCACGCCGUGGGAAAAUGUCUCCGGGCUGGAGGACCAGCAGAGGAAGAGCCUGGCCAAGAUCCAGGCCAAGGGCGUGCUUUGGAAGCACCCCAAGGACCCGAGCACGUCCGUGGUGUUCCGGCUCGGCCACGGCGGCGAGGUGCAGUCGGACGGGAACUGCCUCUUCACGGCGUCGAUAAAGGCCAUGGGUCUUCCGGCGGCCUCUACCGCAAGAGAUCUGAGGCGCCGGGCCGUGCUACGGUUCAUGGAGGAUUUCGGAUCGGCGGGCGUUGAGGAGAGGGGAAUGAUUGAGGCGGCGAUUAAACAUAUGUACUCUCCAGAUCUAAAUGCCGGUUGGGGUAUUCACGUUGUCCAAGAGCUGAAACUAUUAGCCAAGAAAGAAGACCGGGAAGCUCUGGACUCGGCCAUAAAUGAGCUCGUUCAGCUCGGAAUGCAGAGGGAAUUGGCUGCCGAGUCGAUUUACAAAGAGAGAUGUAUAUAUGUGGAUGAUGGACCAAGUUGGGCAAAGUAUAUGUUAAUCUCUGGUUCCCCUGAAGAUGAAUACAAUAUCAUCAACUUGCAAUAUACAGAGGAGGGAUUGUUAACUGUAGACGAGAACAGAUAUGGUCAUGCUGCGGCUUUUGGUGAUGACAUUGCUAUUGAGUGUCUUGCUACUGAGUUUAAACGCGAGAUUUUUGUGGUUCAAGCUCACGGAUCUGAUGCAAUGGUUGAUGAAGAUAACUGUGUUUUCUUCCUCCCACACCGUCCUAGAAGUGAAAUAUGUGAACCUCCUUUCUUUCUUUUCAUGAAAGGAACAGGUAAUUUGAUUCACAAGUACAGUAUAGUAAUAUAUAUUUGUCAUGUCAUUUGUUUAUUUGUUUUUGGCUAUAAAUUCAUGUACUAGUCCAAAAUGGGUGUCAAGGAAACUUUUGUUUUAAAAAACAACAAAACCUGUACUCAAAUAAUCUUCAAUAAUCUCACAGAUGGAUCAUACCCGACUCUUUUGGACCAGCUUAAGUAGGAAAUAGGCACUCAGUGUAAUCUUUUUUGUUUGCAGGAUGGUGUGGAGCUGGAGGCGACCAUUAUGAACCCCUAAUUGCUCACCCUUCACCAUUUUCACAGGAGAAGGUUGCUCUGGUACUUUAGUUUAGAGCAGUGUACUACUCAUCAGCAUCAUCAUUCAAAAUUUUGUUUCCCUAUUUCCUACAAUUCUUUCCCUUAGGGUGUCACACAGAGGAGAAUUACCCAUUUUUGUGACAGUCGAUUUUUUACUGUUAAUGGCAAGUGUGGUAGUCAGAUAGUCAUUUUGGCGGCUUUUAUCGUUGUUGUUGUUGGUAUAUGUAUCAAUCAUCUUUUGAGUUGUAGUGUUUGUUUUGGUACUGGCACUAGCUAUACCUCCCAACUGAGUCACACACUACUCAAUGUAGUUUUUUCUCUGCUUGUUGUAUUCCUUGACUUGGUUUAAAUCAUAGAAAAUGAUUCUGAUCAUUCUCAACAUUGCCAAUAGAAUUGUCUUCUUUUCAAAAGUUUUGUGCAAGGCCUCAAUUAGUAAUCAGAUCAGAGAAAGGUUGCAGCAUUUGGAAUGGAGGGUUUUUUAUGGGGGAGCAAGAAGAAAAAAUGUGGAUAAUCUUUCUGAAGUAUCAUGAUCGCCCCCAUAUGCAUGUAACAAAAUGUUGUCUAGGCUUCCAUAAUGAGAUAGAAUGGUUAUUAACCUAAUUAAUGUUUGUUCAUUCAGUAUGGCUUGUUCUUUUGGUAUAUUCUUAUUCUAUUUAGAGUUUUAGACGUGACUAAAUGGUGACUAUUUUCCCAAAUAUGAGAAUUGUGCUUGAUAAAAAUACACUUUGAAUUGGUG